AGCCGUUUUGACUGAGCCGUGUCGUCGGGGUUGGCGGUUUCUCGUCGCCCGCAUAUAAAUGGAAUGAACUCAAAAGUUUCAAAUCUGCGUGCUGCUUAUGCCAUUCUUGGGAGAGAAAUUCUUUGAGAUUCAGAUCUAAAAAAUGGCGACAGUGUCUCCACUGGCUAAAUACAAGCUGGUGUUCUUGGGUGAUCAAUCUGUAGGCAAAACGAGCAUCAUCACUCGCUUCAUGUACGAUAAAUUCGACACCACUUACCAGGCUACCAUUGGGAUUGAUUUUUUGUCCAAAACAAUGUACCUUGAAGAUCGAACCGUUCGUUUGCAGCUUUGGGAUACUGCUGGGCAAGAGAGAUUUAGGAGUCUCAUACCAAGCUAUAUCAGAGAUUCUUCUGUUGCUGUAAUUGUCUUUGAUGUGGCCAAUAGGCAAUCAUUUUUGAACACUUCUAAGUGGAUUGAGGAGGUACGAACAGAACGAGGCAGUGAUGUUAUUAUUGUCCUUGUUGGGAACAAAACUGAUCUUGUUGAUAAAAGGCAAGUAUCUAUAGAGGAAGGAGAUAACAAGGCAAAAGAGUUUGGAGUGAUGUUUAUAGAAACUAGUGCAAAAGCAGGGUUCAAUAUUAAGCCUUUAUUCCGGAAAAUUGCGUCUGCCUUGCCGGGAAUGGAAACACUUUCUUCAACCAAACAAGAAGACAUGGUUGAUGUGAACCUUAAGCCCACUGUGAAUUCAUCCCAGAGUGAGCAGCAAGGAGGAGGUUGCGCAUGUUAAGAGAUACUGUAUAAGAAAAGAUAGAAAUUGAAGCACUUUCAAUACUCAGUUAUACCCCCAAUUGGAAUUAAAAUACAUGAGGAAUGGUGAUUUUGACAAGAACUGCUCUGAGAUCAAGAACAUAUUUGCAACAGACUGAUGCUAUUUGUUCAAUAUGCCAUCAGGUUUCCAGUUUCUGAGGGCAGAAAUCCACAAGAUGGUAAAUCGACACUUGAUGUGUUUCAUUCGUUUUGUUUUUCAUUUUAUUUUAUUUUAUUUUCGCUGAAACUUCUUUCUUCUUUGUGAUUUAUUCUUGAACAAUAUUCUUUUUCUUUUUUUUAAUUGCCAUAGAAGGACAAUUUUCAGUUAUCCAUUAUGCAAUUGGAAAAUUUUUAUUACUCUGUAA